CAGGUACUGCUGCAAUAACAGACAGGAUUUUCAGGAGACACCACUCAAGUUAGGCCCAAAAAGAAUGGUUGAAGAUCACAAGGAGAAUGUAAAACAGCUGUUCACCACUGGGCAAGACAUAGUACAGGGAGUCAAGUUUGACUUACCUUUCAAUUCACUGAAACAUUUUCAUGUUUGUACUGGGCGUCCUCCAUGUUUGGGCCACGAUCUAUUUGAAGGAGUUGUUUCUUAUGACUUAGCAUUGUAUAUUAAUCAUCUAGUGAAAGAAGAAAACACUUCACAUAUGAUCAACUAAAUCGAUCAAUCACACAGUUUAAAUACUUGGGAAGUGAUGUCUCAACAAACCUUGUGAGGUCAAGACUGAUGGCAAAAGGCUUUCUGGCUCUGCAGCACAAAACUGGUGUCUGUUGCGACUCUUGCCAUUGUUAAUUGGCAGUAGAAUAAAGAGUCCAAUGGAUAGCCAAGUUUGGCAGCUUUGUCUACAGCUAAAAGAGAUGGUUGAACUAAUUUGUGCUCCCAAAAUCCACCACAAUCAGGUUGCUUACCUGAAGACAAUCGCUGAAGAAUAUGUGCAUUUAAGACACAGCCUAUUCCCUAACCAGUUACUGAAGCCCAAACAUCACUAUUUACUUCACUACAGUGACCUCAUUCUGCACUUUGGCCCCCUCAUCCGUUUGUGGACCCUCAGAUUUGAGAGUAAGCAUUCAUAUUUUAAGGAAUGUGCCAGAAAACUCCACAACUUUGUACAUUUAUGCAAAACACUAGCAGAGAGGCACCAGUUGCUUCAAGCUUACCUUUGCUGUGGCUUAAUGUUUCCCUCUACAGUUCAGUCUGUUGGCGAAGCCAGUGAAUAUGAUGACCAGCUUUAUUGUGGUCCUAUUCAAGAGGCUGUACGGACAGCUGGCUUUGCAAAAGAAGCAAUGUCUGAGGUAUCAGCAGUGGUAUACAAAGGGACAAAGUACAGUAAAGGGCUUGUUGUUGUAAUUAACGAGAAUAAACAUGGCCUGGUUUUUGAAAAAAUCUCCAUUAUUCUCAUCAGUCAUACACAAGUGCACUUUGUUGUUGACAUGCUUCAGUCAGUGCUUUUGGCGGAUCUUGGACUUCAUUGCUUGGGAAAUUCUGAUGAAAGAUUUAUGUGUGUUUAGGCAGAAAGUUUGUGCGAUUACUACCCUCUGCCAGUAUAUCAAGCUUCAGGCCUCAAAGUUGUCUCGCUGCAUCACGCAAUAUGCACUUUUUAAACAAACAGGCAUGGAUGUUGAAGACCUACACCAUGAAAUUACAAAGACUUUACCAGAACUACAACAUGAGACACGGAUGACACUAGUUGCACACCUAAAAGAUGUUACUGGUGUCCGAAGCAGAAGCGACCUUGGGUUCGUUGGAACCAAGGACAUUAGUCCAUUUCUCACUCCAAUACAGAGCCGAAAACUCAUUCAUGCAUUUAAAAAUGAUGGUCAAGUGGUUUCAAGUCCUUCAGACAGUCACUUGGAACAUAGUGUUUCACCGCCUGUGAAUCUUCUACCAGAAGCACUUUCACUUCAGGCCAAUCAAAUUUCCUUGCUUCCGUCACAUUGUCAGCCACUUUCCUCUAACCAAAACACAUCAUCCUGGAUCAGCAGCUUUGAAGUUCCAUGGGACAAGAUGCCAGCCCGACUGUUGCAGGCCAUGGAAAGAGGUGACUUGGCUCAGCCAGAAGACAGAAGAACAAUGAUUAGAGCUGUUGUUGAGGCAAUUCAAGUACACUGCCGAAACCCUAACAAAGCUGCAUGUGCAGAAGUUGCAAAAGCAAUUGUAUCCAAGUACCCUGGAUCCUUAGCUGACAAGACUGGGGAAGGUGAGCAGCUGGGAUGCGGUUAUUAUUCACUGCUCAGGCAGCUUAAAACCACAGUUGAACAUGUAAAUAGAGACAAUGUCAGUCAUCGACUCCGACAGCCUAGGAAAAGGUCCAGUGAUGACAGCAGUGGUGAUGAUGUUACCAGCAAGAGAGGCAGAACAGAAGCAGAUACUUAUGGAUGUACUAAAUGGCAGCCAACAGUUCUUGCAGAGGGUGAAACCUCAGAAUCACUAGAGGUCAAGAGAAAGACCUUGGUAACUAUCUUCAAGUCAGCAGGACCCACAGCUGUUGAUAAAACGGAUGUAAAAGAGUAUAUGGAAAUAACAUAUAUUUAUCAGAGGCACAUGAUAAAUACUUGGCCCCCUCCCAGUCUAUGCGAAAUUAAAGAGCAGUGGCCUUUACUCUUUACUAAAAGAGGUCUCUGCAGUCAUUUCCAAACACUUACAAACAUUGAUGAUGACAUGCGUCUCCGUGAAGCUUUUGUUACCAAGGGCAAGCGGAUCUUGACAUUUUUCCAAACCCAGAGACUUAAAUGGAACAAAGAUGUCCUGGGUGUACUACGUGAGAUGGAAAGCCCAGAGAUGAAUAACCACCAGAUUGCCAUUGCUGCCAAUCUACUGUUGAUGAAGUUCUUCCAAGAACAAGACGACCAAAUCUUCAUCUUGACAGAUGGCACCAAGUGCACUGCUAAAGUGGGUACAAGCCGCAAGACAGGAAGAGUUGUCCAAAGGAAGGUGACGAGCAUCAGCUCCAGAGUGACCACCUUCCUCCAACGGCUCACAGAGUUUGAGUGGAAGACAUCAAACUAG